AUGGUCACAAUACCCGGCCAACCACCGCGGGCACCGCUCCGCAAGCGCCAGCCACUCGACAACAUGCUGGACUCGGUGGAAUCCUGGAUCACAGAACGGAAUGGAUUUGCCGUUCGGAGGCGAAGUGUGAGCACGUCGGAGGCACCGGCGCAUCCCGCCCCGGCAAGACGGGAAUCAUCAACCACAUCCCCUAUUUCCACAGCUCUGGUCCUGCAGAUACUCGUCCUGGUUGCGCUGGUCCUCAGCAUCACGCUGUUCGUCAUCUACCGGCGCCGCCGCGCCAAGAAGUUGAAUCUGCUGAACGAGCAGAGGAUAAAUGCUCCCUUCUUCGGAAACAUCAGCGCACCAAAUGGCCUCGCCCCACCACCAUACGGGGAGGCCCUCAAGUCCCCGGUCAUCUCGGAGGUCACAGCCUACAACCACCAGAGGCAGAGGUCCAACUCCAUGCUCAUGGAUGAAUGCUGGAAGGCAGUGUAUGCCGCGGAGGACGGCACCGCCAACCCCGGCUAUGGCUCGACAAACACCAGCCGGCCCGAAACUCACAUGCCAGCGCCUGCCAGCCCACAGACAGUAGCCCAGACCGGCUCACGGAACUCCGUGGCCGGCUGGCUGCGCACUCAGCGGUGGCUCCCCGGCGGCGGCGCAAACCCACUCAACAGUAACCCAUUGACGGCACCCAGCACUCCCAUGUCCGCACGGAUGCCGGUUCCCCCAUCACCAAGCUACAACGGCGUCACCCCAUCGGUGGCACCAACACCAACAACCGCGACGUAUCUCGUCGCCCCGGGCCCCCAGACACCAGGCCAGCCACUGAGCGCGCGGAGCUGGGCCACGGGCGACGACUCGGUAAACGACAGCGUCAGGUCGACCUUUGUGCCCCAGACGGCGCUCUACCCGCCCCCGCUGCAGCCUGCCCCCAAGGGCCACGGGGUGUCGAGGUCCCUGACGGGGAACACGAGGAGGACCAGCGGGGCGUCGUGGACAAGCUCGGUGGGCGACAGCUAUGACAGGGAGAGCGGGACGUGGAAGACGAUGACACCGCACGAGGACCCGCCGAGCCGCGAGCCGAGGAGGGGGAACCCGGAUGAGGUCAGCCCGAUCUAA